GCGUCACAGGUCCUGACAGGGAAGAAGUGGGUAGGUCCUGGCAGGGGGAAGCUGUGGCGGCUGCAGCACGGGAAUUGGCGGCUCCAGCGAGAUGGAGUCUCAAAUCGCGGACGUCGGGGCCGGCGAGGCUGGGCGCGCCGCGGGUGAGGGCCCGACCAGUGGCGGCGCCGCUCGGGGGCCAGCACCCUCGGCGUCCUUGGGAGCCGCCCGGUGGAAGCUCUUGAGGCAGGUUCUGAAGCAAAAACACCUGGAUGAUUGUCUACGACAUGUAUCUACAAGAAGAUUUGAAUCAUUUAAUCUGUUUUCAGUAACAGAAGCCAAAAAAAGGGAAACUGAAGAGGAAGUUGGUGCAUGGGUCCAAUAUACAAGUGUCUUCUAUCCUGAAUACAGUAUUGCCUUAAGGCAUAAUAAUGGAUCUUUGAAUGUUCAAGAUGUUCUUACCAGCUUUGACAAUACAGGAAAUGUUUGUGUCUGGCCGGCUGAAGAGGUUUUGGCUUACUACUGCCUCAAGCACAGUAAUGCAUUCAGGGACCUUGCUGUGUGUGAGCUAGGGGGUGGCAUGACAUGCUUGGCUGGGCUCAUGGUUGCUAUUUCUGCAGAUGUCAAAGAAGUUCUGUUAACUGAUGGGAAUGAAAAGGCCAUCAGAAAUGUGAGAGAGAUCAUCACAAGGAAUCAGAAGGCUGGUGUGUUUAAGACUCAGAAAAUAUCAAGCUGCGUUUUACGAUGGGAUAAUGAGACAGAUGUCUGUCAACUGGAAGGACAUUUUGACAUUGUCAUGUGUGCUGACUGCCUGUUUCUGGACCAGUACAGAGCCAGCCUUGUUGACGCAAUAAAGAGAUUACUCCAGCCCGGGGGAAAAGCAAUGGUAUUCGCCCCACGCCGAGGGAAUACUUUAAACCAGUUUUGCAAUCUAGCUGAAAAAGCUGAUUUCGCUAUCCAAAGACAUGAAAAUUAUGAUGAACACAUUUCAAACUUCCACUCCAAGUUGAAAAAGGAAAACCAGGAUAUUUAUGAAGAAAACCUUCAUUACCCACUUCUGCUUAUUUUAACCAAAAAUGGAUAGAAGAUAAAGCUGCUCAAAAGAUGAAGAAAAAAACAUCAAGUGCACAGGGAAUAUUUUCACAAAAACAGGAAUCAGUAAUGGGUAUAACAUGCAGCAAGCUAUUGGCUCCCUGAGAAUUGCGAGCCCCCAGGACUCAGAUCCCCACAACCUAUGCGACAUUCCACGUGUGAGUUAUGGAGUCCCGCUGUCCUCACCCACGUUAUUCCCCAGCCAUCCUGGAUCCCUCUUUUUAGUCUGCUUGUUUCUCCUCCUGCACCAAACCUUUGUCUUUAAAUAUCCAUAAACAGCCUGAGAUUGGAAUUGGACUUGUGAGCAACCUAAAUAAUUUUCCCUCUAUUGAGACAGAAUUUCUUUUGGUGAUUCCCACCCCCUUUUUAAAAAAUAUCUUGGUCUUUGUUCUAUCUUGGUGGCGGUAGUUUUUAAUCUGCAAAUACAGCAAACAUCAUGAUUCUUUCCUGGUUAAAACAAAUAAAUAAAGCAAAUCUUU